AUGGAGCCAUCAAAAGAAGCUAUUGCUGUUCGUAUUACUCGAAUAAAUAGACAAAUAAUAGGCAAAGUGACGAGUGGUACAACUAAACUCAGUAGAAAAAUUGAUCGAGAAACUCUGUUAGAUGCUUUAACAGUUUUAUACGACGAGUGUAAUGAAGAUUCUGUUAAAAAGUGCGAUGAACUCGUUCGCACUUUCCUCGAUAAAUAUCGCAGUACAUUGGCAGAUUUACGAAGGACUCGCGUUUGUCUUACAGACUUUGAGACUAUCCAGAUGAUUGGACGUGGUCAUUAUGGAGAAGUGCAUAUGGUCAAAGAAAAGCAAACAGGUGACGUAUAUGCUCUGAAAAGUGUCCGUAAAGAACAGGCUCGCAAACGCGUUACAGGUGCAGAAGACGAACGGGAUAUAUUGGCAAAUGCAACAGGUCAUUGGAUACCACGUCUACAAUAUGCUUUUCAGGACAACAGCAAUCUUUACCUUGUUAUGGAAUUAUGUAAUGGCGGUGACUUGGCAGGCUUACUUGCUCGCCGCAAUAAUCCGCUCUCCGAAAGGGAUGCAGCAUUUUAUAUUGCUGAAGUAGCGCACGCUCUUAAAACAUUACAUGCUAUGGGCUACGUGCAUAGAGAUGUCAAACCUCAAAAUAUAUUCUUGGAUAGAUGCGGCCACGUAAAGUUAGGCGACUUCGGAACCUGCGCGCGCUUGUCAGAAGGCGGGUGCGUGGCGGGCGGCACGGCGGACUACGUGGCGCCCGAGCUGCUGGGCGACUGCUCCGCCGCGCACUCUGUGUGUCUCGAGUACUGCCGCCGGGUUAACACGGCCAUUUCGGCUUGCGACUACUGGUCGCUAGGCGUGGUGGCGUUUGAACUUGUGACACUCAAGAGGCCAUUUUCUUCAAGUGAUGAUGACACUACAGCACAAAUCCUUAGUAACAUACAAAAAUACGAACGAGAGCCUAAUUCGGAGCCGCCGUUCGAGCCGCUGCCCGCGGGCCCGGCGGCGGCGUGGCGCGCGCUGGUAGGCGGCCUGCUGCGCGUGGCGCCCGCGCGCCGCUUCAACUACCUCGACACGCUGCAGCACCCCGCGCUCGCGCAUCUGGCUCUGCACUCUAUACGCGAUCAGGUUCCGCCAUGGGUGCCACAUCUCCGUGGACCAGAGGACACCACAUUCUUGCCCUGUCCAACGCGCGAGCCCUCUCCACCCUCUGCCGCGCCUUUUCGCACUCGACCACCUUUUGCUGGACAUCUUCCUUUUGUGGGAUACUCAUAUGUAGCUAUUGAAGAAAAUGAAGACAGCAGCGGUGGAUUCAACGCAUCUCAUGAUUGUACAGCAAUAGACCUAGCAACAUUCAAGUCUGCAGAAAAGCUAGCAGCAAUGCGCGGGCGGGAGGUUGCGUCGCUGCAGAGCAAGCUGGCGGCGGCGGAGGCGGCGAGCGGCGCGGCGGCCGAGCGCGCCCGACGCGCCGCCGACGCCGAAGCUGAGCGUCUGCGCGCCGCGCUGCAGGCCGACAUCACUGCGCUCACUUUGCAGAAUAAG